AUGUCGGUGACCAAUGACUGGGAUGUUGACGGAUUAAUUAUGAAUUGUGAUGGUACAAAUAUUAUCGAAUUUGUCGUACAAUUAGAACCAGUCACUAAAGAAGAAGAAGGAGAAGAUGGAUGGUGUGUAAUUGAAGAGGGUGGUUGUGAUAAUUUUGAAUUAAUUUCGAUACAAAAUGAUUCAAUCAUUGUUACGAUUCGAUCAAAAGAACACGAGAAUUCGUCAUUGUUACAAAAAGCGACAAAUUGGUUACAUGGUAGUGUAAGCUCAAAUCAUCAAACACCGUGUUUAUCAAGAAGUGAAUUCAAAAAUCUAUUAGAUAAAGAUGGACGAUUAAUAAAUGAAAAUAAAUUUAGACAAUACAUAUUUGAUGGUGGAUGUGACUCGAUUAUUCGUAAACAAGUUUGGUGCUAUUUACUUCGUUUGCACAAUGAUAUGAUGACAAAUAACGAUAAAGAAUUAUAUUUUGAGAGAGCAAAAGAACAAUAUGAGAUGUUAAAACAAUCUUGGCGAUUACGACAAAUUCAAGAAGAUCCAUCAAUUUUGGCAUUAGUUAGUCUCAUUCAAAAAGAUGUUCGACGAACGGAUCGUACAGUUAAAUUUUUCUCUGAUAUGGUCGCUCCAAUUUUGUAUGUGACACGUGAUGAACAUCUGGCCUAUGCUGGUUUUUGUUCAUUAAUGAGGUAUAUGAGUUCAGUCUUUAAUCCUGAUGGAGUUUUAAUGAAAAAACGCUUGAAUUUAUUAAAAACAACUAUAAAAGCAAUCGAUCCUGAAUUAUCGACAAAAAUUGAAGAAUUUGACACAGGAAACAUGAUGUUUGCCUAUCGUUGGCUACUAUUAGAUUGUAAACGUGAAUUUCCAUUUAAAAAUAUAUUUUGUGUAUUCGAAACACUUUGGUCAUCAUUACCAUUACAUUGUUUUGAUUGUUCCAACACUGAUCUAGCUGCAAAUGACCUAUGUCCACACUAUUUGCUUUCAUCAUCAGUAUCUUCACAUGAAGAUAUGGUUUCAACGACUCUAAUAAACACUCAGUUUCGUACCAUUCCAUCCAUAUCAGUUACACUAUUUGAAUCACGUAGUCCAUCAUCUUCACCAACAAAACAGUUUCCUAUAACAACCAUACCUUUGUGUCACACAACAACAUCGUUCUUUCGUUCAAUCACAUUUCCACCAGCUAAAUCGACAUCGGUUACCACAUCUCGUUCAUCAAGUAUUUCACAUCCAAUAUUAUCGGAAAGUUCAUCGUCUCAAAAUCUUCAUUCACGAACGAGUGUCGAUUCGGGUCGUGGAGCAACAGAAGUUGAUGAAAUGCAAGGCGAUGACGAUGAACAACAACAAAUUGGAAUUCCUUUCAUUUCACCAUUAUCUAUUCCAUUAGGAAAAUGGUUGAUAAACUUUGUCAAUGACAUCGAUGAUGAUGAUCUCAAUUGUUCAAUGUUCACAAUUUUCCUCUGUGUCGCCAUUUUACUUCAACAUCGUCAAUCCAUAAUGCAAUUUAACGAUAAUCAUUUAAAUGAUGACUGUGAUUUUGUAUCAUGUUUUUUCACACGAAUGGUUCGCCAACACGAUUCACAUCGUGCUCUACAAACAGCAAGACAUUAUUUUAAACAAUACACAAUAUUUAAAUUGAGAUUAAAACAUUUAUUAUCAGCACAAACCAACUAA